ACAAAAAAAAAGAAAGACAAAAGAAACAAGAAAAACAAAAGGAAAGAAUAAAAGAAAAUAAGAAGAACGAAAGAGAAUUGGAAGAACAAAAGAUAAAGGAAAGAACAAAAGAAAAGGAAAAAACAACUUAA